CACACAAUGACACAGACUUCACACACUCUCCCAACCCCACACAGUCGCCUGAGUGCCCUCCUUUAACCUUCGCUUUUCUCCAUUGUCAUGGCCACCUACGUUUACCCUUUCCUCUAAGCAAACCGCUCGCCCCUUCCUCCCUCUCUCACAUGUAUUCACCGCCACCACCACUUGAGCUCCAGCCCAAAUGAAUCCCGCCGCCGCCGUCGCCGCCGCUGUCGCCACCACCACCACCACACCCCCCUCCUCUUCCCCACAAACCCUUCUCUCCCUCAUCACCAACCUCCUAUCCGUCCUCCUCCUCUCCUCCCUCACCGCCAAAUCCUUCACCGGACGCUGGCAAACCAUCCACUCCAAGCUCACAUCCCUCUCCUCCUCCGUCUCUUCGUUCUCCUCCUCCCCACACUGGUCCGAAAACCCUCUUAUCCACUCCCUCCUCCCUUCCCUCCUCUCCACUCUCCACCGCCUCUCAUCCCUCUCCGACCUCUGCUCCCUCUCCGACUUCUCCGGCGGCAAGCUUCACAUGCAGAGCGACCUCGACAUGGCCUCCGCUUCUCUCUCCCACUCUCUCCACGACCUUGAUUUGCUGCUCCGAUCUGGGGUGCUCCACCAGUCAAAUGCCAUCGUUCUCUCUCAACCUGGUCCUUGCUCUUCCAAACAAGACUUGGUGUUUUUCAUCAGGGACCUGUUUACCAGAUUGCAAAUCGGCGGGAUCGAGUUCAAGAACAAAGCUCUGGAGUCCUUGCUUCACCUCCUCGACAGGGAUGAGAAAUCCGCCAGCUUGGUCGCCAAAGAAGGAAACAUCGGGUAUUUGAUUCACUUGCUGGAUUUCAACCACAACAAAUCGAUCCGAGAACACGCUACGACCGCCGUGUCGGUGCUCGCCUCGGAAAACGACGAGUCCAGGAAGUGCGUGUUCGAAGAAGGGGGUCUGGGGCCUCUGCUUCGGAUUCUCGACACUGGGUCGAUGCCUAUGAAGGAGAAAGCUUCGGCGGCGGUCGAGGCCAUCACCGCCGAUCCCGAAAACUCGUGGGCAGUCUCGGCCUACGGCGGCGUUUCAGUGCUGAUCGAGGCGUGCCGAUCUGGGUCGGUGGUUACUCAAUCGCACGCCGUGGGAGCAAUUCGGAAUGUUGCCUAUGUAGAGGAAAUCAAGAACUCUCUAGCAGAGGAAGGAGCCGUACCGGUGCUCAUCCAAUUACUGGUCUCAGGCACAAGCUCCACGCAAGCAAAGGCUGCGAAUUGCAUAUCCUUAUUAGCCUCUUCCGGCGAGUAUUUCCGGGCAUUAAUCGUACAACAACGCGGGGUACAAAGAUUGAUGGUUUUGAUCCAAGAAGUAUCUAACCCCAUCACGUCGGAGCACGUUCUCCGAGCUAUAAGCUCUCUUUCUGGGUUCGAUUCCUCGACUCGGAUUCUAUCAUCAUCGACCGCAUUCAUAACCAAGUUAGGCGAAUUUAUCAAACACGGAAAUGUACUUCUACAGCAAAUCUCAGCCUCUUUGCUCGCCAGUCUCUCAAUCAGCGACGGUAACAAGCGGGCCAUUGGGGACUGCAUGGGCUCGCUGGUGAAGCUAAUGGAGUCCCCGAAGCCGGUGGGGCUACAGGAGUCUGCGGCGGAGGCGCUGAGUUCGCUCUUGACGGUGCGGUCGAACCGGAAGGAAUUUGUGAGGGACGAGAAGAGCGUGAUGAGGCUGGUGCAGAUGCUGGACCCGAAGAACGAGGUGGUGCAGUGCAAGAUUUUUCCGGUGAUGGUGGUGGCGGCGGUGGUAGGCGGAGGGACCAGCCAGGGUUGUAGGAAAAGGCUGAUGGCUGCCGGGGUCCACCACCACUUGCAAAGGCUGUCGGAGAUGAACGUCGCCGGGGCUAACAAGGCCUUGCAAAGACUCUCCGGGAAUAGGCUCAUCAACACCAUUUUCAGCCGGAGGACUUGGAGGGAAUAACCAGCAAAGAAACUAACCCCACCCGCCAAAGAACAGGUCUGAGCUCUUUCUCUUUAGCGCCGGGGCCAUUGUCAAAAAGACAACGCUGCCCUUAGGUUGUGGAUUGGGGGCCCCUUCAAGUGGGUCCCGGGUCUCUACUUUUGUGCCUAGGCCUGAGCCUAAAAAUGGGAGAUUUCAUCAUACCAUCAUCAACAAAGCCGUGAUUUAUAUGUGUUUCUGGUACCCCUGAUCUAUCAAUUUGGUAGGACCAAAUUUAGUUGUGGGUCCCUUGCUGUUUUUAGCCUACGUGGCAAGUCUUAGGAAUCUUUGGCCACUCCAAGAACUGUGACAGUUUGGAUCCUGAUCCUGCCCAAGGCUUUGGAUAUUAUUUGUACUUUACAUUGCUAGUAAUUUGAGAGAUAAAUAAAUAUAAUUGAGUAUUUAUAUGUCUACCUGUCUCAACAAGUAGGCGGGUUGUUUGAGAUUUGUUUGGGUACGUGGUUUUCAUAGUUUUUUUCUUUUUUUAUUUUUUUUUUACAUUUAUUGACCAAAUUACUAGCAAUUUGGACACUAAAUUGUUGAAAUUUAUAUCAUUUGAGCAAACCCAUAAAGAUGCCCAUGUGGUAUUGAAAUUCCUAUUAUUAGGCUGGUUGAAUAAUGCGGUAAUU